AUGAACCGCAGAGUACGGCCGCAGUACGAUGAUCUGGACGAACUGGGAGUAGAGUACGAAUCCGGCCAUGAUGAAAUGGAAGAAAUAUCGUUUGGAGCCUUGAACUCGGCUCAGAAGAAGAUAAAAAACGAAGAUGAAAAGAAAUGGCUGCGAAGAAACAACAGUAAUAACGACUCCGACGGCGAAGAAGGCGACUUUUUCGAAAGCGAUAGUGACGGUCCUCCAGAAGAAUCUUCGAGCAAGACCUCUGACCAAAAAACACGGAGCAAACAUGCUCCCGCAGAAGCUUCAGCAAAGAGACCCGUUUCUCGAAUCCGGCAAAUUCCUGGCCUUGAAACCAAGGAUAAUUCCAAGUUUGGCGAUAUACGAUUCGACCCAGCUUUUGGUAAGGCGAACGAGGAGCGAAUCAGAAAGGAUUACAGUUUCUUAAACGAGUAUAGGCAGAGCGAAUUGGAGCAGAUGCAGCGGAUGCUCAAAGACAAAAAACUCAGUCGCAGCAUGUCGCCGCGUGAGCGUCAGGAACUCGAACUUCAAACCCAAUCUCUUCGGUCACGACUCGACAGCAUGAAAAACAAGGACUUGGAGGCCCAGGUGUUGGCCGAGCACAAAAAACAGCAGAAAGAAAAGUGGAAACUGGGCCAGCAGGCUGCGCCAUAUUUUUUGAAAAAGUCCGAGAAACGAAAACUUCUCCAGAAGGCCAAGUUCGAGUCCAUGAAGGCACCCCAGAGAGAAAAGGUGAUGGAGCGCAAGCGGAAACGGCGGUUGGGAAAGGAAAUGCGCCAAUUGGAGUUUGGUCGCAAGUAA